UGAUUAUAUAGUUAAGGUGUUGGUGGAAGUAACAUGAAGUUAAAGAAGUGCUUGUUUUCGAAUUUUUAACUGAAAGGGAUGGACACAAUUUUCUUCGUUUGUUUGAUAUUUAUUUCUUGGACAUUCUCAGAUGCCAAGUACUGUUACUACUCCUACUACUACUCCAACUACUACUGUUCCAACAACAACAACACGUACCUAGACAGUCGGAGUAUCGCCGGUAUAGUAGUAGGCAGUGUAGUGGCCAUCGUUGUUAUCGUAGCGCUCGUCAUUUACUGUAAAAAGAAGGAGAAGAGUCAUACUCGCGUGGUAGAAAUCCGGAGUAACGGCACCACACAGAUACACGCCAUGACUACUGUCCACCCCCCACCAGCACCACCAGGUCACUAUCCCGGAAUGGCACCACCCCCUGCAUACGGAGCCCGACCGGCCUAUCCCAGCACAAACAUGUACCCACCACCGGCUCGACCCCCGCUGAACCAGCAGUUUGGAAUACCGCCAGGGGGAGUUAACGGUCCGCCCCCGCCAGUAUUUCCCCCGACAGCUCCUGUUCAACGUCCAGAUAUGCCGCCUCCAUCAUGUUGAUAAAUGCUGUUUGUUAUGAAGUAUAAAUCGCUGGUCCCUGUUAUUCCUCUUCUCUACUGAUGCACUGAGUGAUUAGUUGGUUGUUUUUUGGGGAGUUUUUUUGGUGGUUUUUUUUUUUUUUUUUUUUUUUUUUUUUUUUUUUUUUUUUUUACAUCUGUCGUACUACCACGAAACGAUCUGUUGAUAAAUGGAAUAACGUUCUUUUGUGUAAAGAAUUCUUUUUCGGUUUGCUAAGUUCUCUUGUUGGACAAGAGAAAAGCAAAGUGGGACCCUCACACACACACACACA